AUGAUCCAAAGGAGAGGCAUCUACCGGACGAUUUCGCUCACAGGUACACUUCUAUUGAUGCUAGGCGUCAUCUUUCUGGCCAAUGCGACGAAAGCUUUGCAACUAGCUUGGGCUGUCAUCUACGUCUUGUUGAAUGCCGCGUACUGGUCAUUCGCUGCUCUUCCUAAACGUUUCCACUGGGAUCUGGAGCGCUACAAAGUCACCGAAGUGGGUAUCGAGAGACCCAACUUUCACGACAAUCGAUUCACGGAUGCUCUGUUCAAAGCCAUCCUAUUCGCACAAGGAGCGGAUUGGGCCAGAAUUGGCGAAGCUGCUGCACCUAGGACCAAGAUCUGGGACGACUGGCUUGACGAAGCAGAGCUUGUAGCUCUCUCGUGCAAUGGUCUCAACACAGNNGCAAUUAUCAGAAUCUCAAAUGGCCUGGUCGUGUUGAUGCUUCGGGAGAGAUACAGCCAUAUCCUAGGGACUGGCAACCACAUCCUGCUUGGAAGGCUAUAUACGAUAAGUCUCGUGUAA